AUGUACGGCUACUCGUCGUCCUCCGAGUCGGACGGUGAAUAUAAUUACCGAAAACACAAAAGCGUCGUACCCGCUACAACAAACCAGAACGAUGCCAACAAGAAGAAGAAAAAGAGGAAGCUGCCGCCGCAGCAGAGCAUAAAUCGCAUUUGGAAAAGGUUUAGCAACAAGCGAUUCAACAAGGCGCUAGCCGUGUUACCUUUCGACCCAGUGCUACCGCCCACCAUCUCAGAUCGGUCCAACGAGUUGUUGAUUGCGGGUUAUGAACGUGCUGCUGAAGAAUGCAGGCGGAAAGUGAGAAAGAUCAUCCAGGAAUGUCGGCGGGUCAACACCCGGUACCGAGAUCCGGGCUGGGAUAUUGAUUGGGAUCUCAAAAUGGAGAAAGGUCAUUGUCUCAACAGCCUUGGCCGUACCAAGUUCGAUUUAAGCAUGUCGACCAUGAUGAACCCUAGCUCCAUCGUGCCAAAGGCGGUUAAGCGCGUCCACGAGAUCUAUGAGAAGCCGACCUUUAUGGCGAACAUUAGUGGCUCCGACGUUAAGCAGGGCAGUCUCGGGGACUGCUGGCUGAUGGCUAGCCUCUCGGGCUUGGCCAAUGUGAAGGAUGGCAUCAAGCGCAUCUGCGUCGAGUAUGAUACCAAAAUUGGUAUCUAUGGCUUUGUUUUCUACAGGGAUGGCGAGUGGAUCUAUUCGAUUAUCGACGACAAAUUGUACCUUAAGUCACCAUGCUGGGAUUCUCCGAGUAUGCAACGUGACCUUUUGCAGCAGAUCGACCGCGAGGACGUCGAGCGCGUCUAUCGCAAGACAUACCAGACGGGGUCCAAGGCGCUUUUCUUCGCUCAGUGUAAGGACCAGAACGAAACCUGGGUCCCCCUCAUCGAAAAGGCGUACGCCAAAGCCCACGGCGACUAUGCGUCCUUGUCAGGGGGCUGGAUUGGGGAAGGGUUGGAAGACCUUUCGGGUGGCGUUACCACGGAGCUCUUAGCAUCGGACAUCCUCGACCUGGAUGGCUUCUGGGAAAAUGAACUCAGCAGGGUCAACGAAGAAUUCCUCUUUGGCUGCAGCACCGGCCUUCUGGAUGGCGGCUAUGGAGAUCGCGACGGUAUCUCGGAAGGACAUGCGUAUGUCGUUAUGGAAGCUCGGACUCUCAAGAAUGGCACCCGCUUGGUGAAGCUAAGGAACCCUUGGGGAAAGACCAAGAAGGGUAUAUGGGAAGGUGCCUGGUCCGAUGGCUCGAAAGAGUGGACCACCGAAGUGCAAGAGGAGCUGAACCACCAAUUUGGCAGCGACAGCGUCUUCUGGAUCUCGUACGAGGAUCUUUUGCGCAAAUAUCAGCACUUUGACCGUACACGCCUGUUCCGCGAUCCGGACUGGCGUUGCUGCCAGAGGUGGAUUGGAGUGGAUGUGCCUUGGAAGCCACAAUAUCACGAAAAGUUCCACAUCAAGCUGACCCGCGAGUCUCCCUUGGUCCUUGUGCUGAGCCAGUUGGACAAUCGGUAUUUCAAGGGACUUCAUGGCCAAUACUCUUUCCGUUUGCAGUUCCGUCUGCAUGAACAGGACCGCCCUGACCCGGAGGACUACAUCGUUCGCAGCCACGGUAACUAUCUCAUGGAUAGGUCCGUGUCGAUUGAGCUGCCCGCGAUGCUCCCUGGCAAUUACAGCGUCUUCAUCAGCGUGGUGGGCGAGCGCGAUACUGACCUCCCCAGCGUCGAAGAUGUCGUCAAGCGCGAGUGCAAAAAGCGGGUCGAGAACGAGAAGCUCGCUCAGGUUGGAUAUGCUUACGACUUGGCGCACAGCAAGGCCGCAGCCCAUCUCGAGGCGGUCAGGAGACUGCGCAAGAAAGCGGACCAAAAGAAAGCUAGCUCGGCCCGCGUGAAGGAGCGCCAUCGGCUGUGGGAAAAGCGACAUCUCAACCGUCAGAUAACCAAGAAGCAGGGCCGCAAGAAUAAUCAGAAGCUCGAGGCUAAGCAAGCGGCUAGGGAGGAGAAGAAGCGCCAAGCUGAAGAGUUGAAGCCCAAGGACCAGGGAGUCCAGACCGAAGACAUUCCCAAGCCGGAAGAUAAGAAGGUGUCACAGCAAGAUCCAGACACCAAGGAAGAAGCAAAAGACGACAAAGCAUCCGAAGACCCAUCCAAGACGGAAGACAAGAAGGCAGUUGAUGAAAAGGCCCAAGGCGAAGAAGCCAAAGACAGUCCUGAUACGCAAAAGGACAAGUCGUCCGAAACGACUGAGAGCAAGAAGCCCGAAGACGAUGGAUCUCCAGACGCCACACCAAUCCCCACUCCCGCCGAGACACCUACACUCGAGAAGUCUGGGCAGCUGACUCCCGACAAGUCCGACGGCAAGACCGAUGAGACUCUGGAUACUAGGAAGGAUGGUCAGCCUGAGAAGAAGUCGGAUCAGACGACAGACGACAAGUCGGAAGAGAAAGCCGGAGAACAAUCUGACGACAAGAAGACAGACAAGGCUGAGGACAAGACGGAAGACAAGACCAAAGGCAAGGCCGAGGACGCGCAAGGCAAAGACUCUGGCCCUCCUUCAUCAGGCGCCUCAGACUCUUCCGGCAGCCCGACUUUCACCCCUAAGAGUGACGCCUCUUCGGUACCUAGCACGGACGUGAAGGAUAAGGAGAAGGUGCCUGUACCGCCUGUCGAUGCCUCCAAGGUAUCUGGAUCGCCUCCCCCUCCACCAGCUCCUAGCACCAAGACUACAAGUGGUACCACUUCCGGGACUUCCGGGACGAGACAGGGCAAUGGGCAGAACCAGUCCUCAAAGCGAGCGCCAAACAUGUAUGUCACAUCGGACGGCGAGUCGAGCGCAUCGCCAAUCGAGGACUGGGAAGAACUCUACAGCAGCGACGACAUGUCGCGGAAGCCGCGCAUGGCCGCACCCCCGCCUCCGGGUACCACCAUGGUCAGCAAGUACCGCGAUGAUACCGAAGACGAGAACGAGCCCGACCCGUGGAAUGCCAUCUGCGUCGUCGGCUUGCGAGUCUACUCCAAGGACGAGGAUCUGGAGCUGCGGAUCGUCAUGGAGGGCGGCGAGCUCGAAGAGGACGGCAUGGGCGAGAAGGGCGGCGUCGACCUGGACAAUGCGCAGGCCAACGCCGGCGGUGCCAGAAGCAGCCGGGUCGAGAAGAAGGAGGAUGAGGAUGCGUACGAGGGUGACAGCGAGAUCGAGAAGACCAAACGCGGCGGCAAGAAGAAGGAUGGGGAGAAGAGUGAUGCCGAGUCGGAGAAGGAGAAGGAGAAGGAGACGGACGAGAAUCUGGCUCCGUAUCCCGUCAUUGUCCAGAAGGGCAAGGGUGACGAGGAGUAUGAGACGGCGGUCGAGUCGCUGAUGGAUUGA